UUUUUAUUGCUUCAAAUCACAUUUGUCUAUAUAAAAUAUCGAUGAUACAUUCGAUAUGAUCAAGGGAUCUUUAGAAGUGAUCGUAGCUCUCUUUGAGCUCCUUUGAUGCGUGGGGAUAACUGGAGCUACCAGUUAAGUCAAGUGUAUCGCAUCAAGACGAAGUAGUACACUGUUUCUUUUCGGAGUGCGUGCAUCAGAUUGAGAGGAUCGUCGUAUAAGAGAAUAGAGAAGAACAUCCUGUCUAGGGAGAGCAAAAAUUACUGUUCAACGAGUUAUUAAUCAGCAUAUAAAAGACAUGAAUCUGCACUAUUUCAUUUCCGUGGUUAUAUGGAUAUCAACCGUGACAGCGACAUUGGAAUCUGAUUCUCAUGAAAAUUGGAGCAACGAAAAGGAGUUUUUAAAAUACGCUUAUGAACAUAAACCAUUCGAUAUUCAAAAAAAGAAAGAGAUCAAAUAUCUCGAAGAUCAAUCACAAAAUCAAAAUGAAAGAACCUUUGAUUUCUCUCAGGCUGUUAAUAAAGAAGAAACAUCGCUAGUUACCAAAUUUAUUAACAAAAACGAAAAAAAUCAUAAAAUGAAUGAAUCCCAACAGCAAUUUUCCAUGCAAGUAGUUCAACCAUAUAUUCUGCCUUUAAAAAUAAAAAGCAUGUUAGAAAACACUUCAAAUGAAUCGUUAGAUAAUAUUUCAAAAUUAGAAAGAAUUAGUCAAAAUAUAACUAACGAAGCAGUCACAGUUCAAUAUAUUCCUUCUCAAGAAAUCAUUGUACAAAAUUUGACAGCCACUAAAUAUUCUCUUCAGAAUAUUGGUUCUAAUGAUUUUCGUCAAAUGAAUUCCGAAGAAAAUAUAGAUGAUGAAAGCAUAAAAGAAUUUGGACAACGAGUUCGUUCAUUGAGAUCAAAAAACAAUGAAAAUCAUGAUCGAUUUAGAUUAAAACAGUUUUUCAAUACUUCAUCUCCUUCUGAGGAUCAUAGAAAACAUUAUAGAAAAAGUUCUCGUUCCUACAAAAAACUAAAUAAUUCAGACAAUAAUCACAAUGCAUUCUCGAAAGAUCAACAUUCUUUUACUCUGACAAAAACUACAAAACUUCAGAGAACUUUAAAACAAAAAGAAACCGAAGAAGACUAUAUCGAUAAUGAUUCAACUAUGAUUAAAAAUACUUUUACAACCACAACCGCUCCUAUAGUAUCGGUUUCUUUGGGAAAAUUUUCUGGACCAAUAGUAGUUCCUGAUUUUCCACAACAAAAGAAAUAUUCUUAUGCAAAUACAGAUAAUUAUACCGAAACCAAUGAGGUAUCGAAAUCAACUAUAACUAUAAAACCUUUAAAAUCAAAAGUAUCAGAGAACGGUUAUCUAGCAGCAUCAACUAUUAUUUUAAAUCCUCUUCAAGUUGGUGUUGCCUUGAUGAAUGCAGGACAAGAUCUAAAUUCAGUCAAUGAUCAAGAUACUUUGACAAAAUUGUAUCUUCAGAAUGAAACUAAUAUUGUAAAAGCUACUGAAAUUGAUAGUGAAAGUUUAAUUCAAAGUGAUGUUUCAGAUUUUAAGAAUUCCAGCUUCCAGAAUGAUCAAAUAUCACAGCAGAAUUCUGAAGUAAUGGUCACGAACUCGCCAUCCCAAUUAGUGGAGAUUCAAAAAUCAGUGGAAAUAUUUCAUACAGCACCUAUCCAAGAAAUUCAUUAUCCUGUGGAAUUUGUACCUAAUAUUCAACAGCCUUUGAUAAAACAAUAUCUUCAAGAAGAUUAUAAAAAACCUGUGAAAAAUCAGCUCAAAGAUCAAAAACUAAGUCAGAUUAAUGUAUAUAAAAACGAUAAUGUAUAUAAAAAUGAUAUUUUGGACGAAAAUAUUUCUCCAAAUAAUCAAGAACGUAAUCGUUAUGAAUAUACCUCAAAUGAAAAUGAUGUUAUUUAUUCGGCAAAUAGUGAUCAAAUUAAUCAAACCUUAGCUAAUACUCAUCCUGUGGAAACUAAAUCCACUAUUGGAGUUAAGGAACAAAUAAAUACUGCUCAGUAUGAUCAAAUAAUAAUUAAACAAUCUAGAUUUCAAGAAUAUCCUGAGACUAAUGUUAAACAAAAUAACUAUGAGAUACCGAAAAAAUCAAUCUCCAUUAUUCCACAGCCAAGAGGAAUCGAUAAUUUAUCGAGUUUGACUAAUCAGGAAAAUCUUCAAGGAAUUCAAGAAUUGUCUCAAGUUCUAUUAACGAAGGUUACAAGUGAACUACCAACUGAACAAAAGUUUUUAAUGUCAGUACCACAAUCAUAUUCUGUAGAAAAAAAUAUUCAUCAUCCAGUGGAAAUAAUAGAGAAGAAGGUACCAUUCUCGAUGGAAAAAGUAAUAGAAAAACAAAUAACAAUUCCUCAGCCAUUUCCCAUACAUAUACCAAUAGAUAGAGUUAUAGAAAAACAAAUACGAAUCCCAUAUCCUGUGCAUGUAGAGAAGGUAGUUGAAAAAAAAGUACCAAUUGCUAUUCAGAAAUUUGUUAUACCCCUGCCAAUUCACUUCAGAGUUCCUCAACCUAUUCCAAUUUCGGUAGAAAAAGUGAUAGAGAAGUCUAUCCCGAUUCCAGUACCAGAAAAAAUUUUAUCUAGACCAUAUUCUACAGAAAUCGAAAAGAAUAGACCAUUUUCCUUAGAAAAUACCAAACUUGUUAAAUUAAAUUCAAUUUAUAAUGUACAAGGUGAUUAUCAGCAACCAUUAAGACAGAAUUUCCAAUUAUUAGAACCUUAUGAUAAUGAACAGGAUUAUUACAAUUCAACGAUGCAGUAUUAUGAUCAAGAAUAUUUAAGCUUAAAUCGUCCUCAUACUAGACAACCAGCAUUAAUACACAUGUUACCAAAGAAGUUUGUACCACAUGGGAUUCAAUAUCCAUCCCAUUCAGUAACUUAUUCGAUGAAUAAUGGUAAUUUAAUUGCUUAUGGAAGAAUUUCAGAGAAAGAUAAAGUCAAAAAUGAAUACAUGGGUCCAGUACCAAGAAAAUUGCAAACUUCUCUUGGAAUACAAUCGAAAUCUUUACAUUCAUCAUCAGAUAUACAGACAAUUUUAAGAAGAACAAGGCAAGAAAUAAUGGGGAAUAGUGGAAACUUUAGACAAUCAAAGAUGGAAUAUGGAUUUAAACCACCUAUGGUGCCUUCUGUUCAAUAUGAUGAACAAACUGCAACUAAAGUGGAAUAAUUUGAAUAAAUUUAAACUAUUAUUUUUUAAAUUUGAAGAUUCAAUUUUCAAAAAUUUAUUUAUAUUCUUUUUAUUAUUUUCUGUUUUGAAUAUUUUUUCUAUUUUAAAUUUUGAAUUAUUUCGCACAUUUAUUAUUGUUGAUUUAUCAAUAUCAUUUAAUUUUAUUAAUUAGAGUUCUCAAUUUCGUGUUUUAAUUAUUUUUCUGAAGAGAAAUCUAUAAUAUUUUUGUUAUUCUUUUAAAAUUAUUUUUGAAAAAAAAAAUAUAAAUUUUUUUAAUAUACAAUUCUUCUUUUUCAAUAAAAGAUAUUAUAAUUGAAUUUUUAAUUCAUAGAAACGAUAAUAUUUAUUCGACUAUCAUUUGAAAAAUUUGUUUUCUCAAUAGUGCAGCAUUUAUUCUUUAGCUGUGAACGUAAAUUAAUGUCAUUAAAUAUGAAGGAAUUCUAUCAUCUUACUAUUCUAUCACAUUUAUUGCUUACUUUUAAACUUUAUUAAUUUCACAAUCAUUAACACAUUAAGACAUUUCAUUUCUAAUUUCUUUUUACAUAUUUUAAUAAAAUAUUGACUUAAUUUUUACAUAUUAUUUCUUAAUGAGUUAAUGUUAUGUAAAUAUAAAAAUAUAGGAAAAUUUAUCAAUAAAUUAUAGUAUAUAUACAUAUUACUAUUUAUAAUUCUCAUAUUAUUAUAAAAUUCUUAUAUUAUUAUUAUUAUAUUUAUUAUAAAUGCAAAUGCAUUUUAAAAGAUAUCUUAUAUAUAAUUCAUGAUAUACACAUAUGAUAUACAUUUAAUGAAAAAUUUCGUUAAUUUGAUGAAUUUUACAUUUUUGAUUUUAUUUGUUUAAAUAUAUUUUUUAAAUAAUAAAGACUGAUAAAGAUUAUAUAGCAUAAAAAAUAAUAUAUAAAAUUUUUAUAUAUUUAAAUAUAACAACAUAAUUCAGAAUUUACUAAAUUAUAAUGCCAUUCUAAUUAAAUUUUUAUUAUAAAAUUAUAAGUAAUGUUUUUUUAAUUACAAAAACAUGAAUUAAAAAACUAUACAAUUUUAUUGAAGAUAUUUUUAAUUAAGAUUAUUUAAUAUUUUUAUAUUUUAGUUAUUACUUUAUAUUCCUUAUAAUAAAAUAAUUAUUUAUGUUUCAUUUCUUAAUUUUAUAAUUUCAGACUUUAAUAAUAAUAUUAAUAUAUAACUAAAAUAAUAUAUAACUGGUUUAUAGUUUCCUUUUUGUACGUUCAUUAAAUUAUUUAUAACAUCAAAUAAACUUGUUUUUAUAAAGAAUAUUAUUCUUAUUUGUUCUCCACUCUAUUUUCACAAUUAAAUCUAUUUACAGGUAGGAGGAAUGUACAAUGAUAAAAUUCAAUGUUUAUUCUUGGACGGUACCUGUUUAAUUACUCAAUUGCUCAAACACACACACAGACACACGCAUACACGCGCACACACACAUGUAUAUAUAUAUAUGAACAAUUAUUAUACCUCAAUAAAAAAUACAGAAAAUACUGAUAUAGUUAAAAAUAAUAAUUAAAAUACUCUGGAGCCCUGCCCAAGAGAUAAAGUCAUUCUUGAUAAUGAUUAAUUUAUCUAUACUCAUAUACAUACAUAUACGUACAUAUAUAUUUAUAUUUAUAUAUAAACUUUUUUAUUUAUAUAAUUUUAUAUAUAAUUUGUAAAGAAGAUGAGUCAGUGAUUUUCUUCAUUGAUUUGUAAAAUCUAUAUACAAUGCAUGUUUUACAUUAUAAUAAAAAAAAAUAUAUUAAAUAAUUAUUUUACAGUAGAAACUUGAUUAAAUAAUCAUAAAAUUAUGUAGAAUUUUUUAAAAUAACCAAAUAAUAUAUUAUUUAAUAUUAUUUUUCAGAAUUAAAAUAUAAAUUAUAAAUUGAUAAAUUUGUAAAUUACUGUUAUGAUUUGUAAAAUAUAUAGUAUUUAAUUCGAAAAUAAAUAUAAGUGUGAUAACUAGAAAAUUUUAUUAACUUGAUAAUAAAUGAAUGUUGGAUAAAAGUUAUUAAUCAAGAAUUAAAUUUAACGAUCUAUAUAAUUUUUUAUGCAAUAUACAACAACAAAAAUACAUAAAUUCUGAAAUUAUACAUCUUAUAAAUAUGUUUAAUCCUUUCUAUAAUCGAGAUUCUACUGUAUUAAAAAAAUAAAUCUUUAAGAAAGAAAGAAAUAAUAUAAAAAGAUUUCUUUUCUCACUCAUGUUUAGGGUGUACAACAAAAAAUGAGUACACUUUGUUUGUUUAAAAUAUUCACCUUGCAUAUUCGGAUCCAAUUUGUAAUUUUUACAAUCACAGUUGUUACGGAAGAAAAACUGUACACUGACAUUCCUUGCGCAUAAAAAAAUGUACACACACAUAUAACAACACUCACAUGUGAUCAAAUAAACUGAAAAGAAAAAAUAA